UUAGUAAACUUUGCCGAGCUUUGCCGUCAUUGUUGCUAGGUAUGUUGGGCUGGUCGUAGUUACAUGGUAUGAUGAGAAGUAUAUCUUGGUACCGAACUUACGUGGGAAAUGAACAAAAUCUGCUACAAAUAUUAAGGGUAAAGAUGAGUUGACAUAAUGAAGAAAUCCUACAAUCCGAUUUCGGACGUAAGAAACGAAAGCGUCGAAGUAUCAAGACGUCUGUACAGAGCAAUUUCGGAUGUCUCUAGACAUCUGGAUGACUGUCGUGGAAGAGCCCAAACAUGCAGUGACUUGUUCUCACCUAGUGUGGAGACCCAACGGGUGAAGCUGAGAGAGUACUGUGAGCGCUUGAUUUUCUCAGAUCCUGUAGGCUAUGGGCGGAAGGGAGAAGAACUCUUAUGGAGGAAGGGUUACUACGAUGUUGUCACAACAGCCAAGAGGCUCAGGAAGAACAACAUAUGGAGCCCUCUGGAAGUUGCAUAUAUGCAGGGCCAUCUGGCAGCAGGAGUGGGACAUUAUCAUCAUCUUUUGUUCCGACUCCAGAUCGAAUUCAAACUGGAUCUUCAUGGAAUUGUAGAUUUUCCAUUACAGAUAUAUGAUGGAGGAUUAAUGAAAGACAAGGUGUCAUCAUCCAGCAAUACACUGGAUAGUGGCUGUGUGGAUUGGGCCAAGCAAGCUGCACAUCGGUGUUUGGUUUAUUUGGGUGAUCUAAGUCGGUACUUCUUAGACCUGUAUCCUCGCUGGGACAGUGGUCUUGCUGCACGCUACUAUUUACAAGCACUGAAUAUGAAUGUAGAUAUUGGGAUGCCUCACAACCAACUUGGGACACUAUCAGGGACGUCCAAUUAUGGUUUGGAUGCAGCAUACCACUAUAUGCGAUGUUUGACAUGCAGACAGCCUUUUGAAGGUGCAGAAGGUAAUUUACGGAGGCUGCUGGAAAAAAAUACGCAGUGGUUGGAAGAGCACUGCAAGAGUCAGAACGAUCAAGUUGAAGACACCUUAUCAAUUCAUCAUGCCGAGCAUAUUCACAGACUGUUUGCAAGAUUCCUGUUACUUAUUGAUAUUUGGUUCUUUGAUAAAACGUCGCUGAUCGAGAGUCAUCAAGUGUGCCAUCAAAUGCUAUUAGAUCUGCAGCAUUGCUUAACGUACACAAAGCCAUUCCCAAAUGGUGAUGACUGUGAGAUGAAAGCAGGACAGCUGGACCUGGAACAACUGUCAAUCUUCCAAGGAAGUGAGGAGAUUCAAGAUAGACCAGAAUACCUCAGAGAGGAUCUUGUCUUCAAGAUGAUUGUCAUGUCACUCUUGUGUAUGACGAAGUUGCAGACUAGUGGUUCACAGCAGGUAUCCGCUGUGGUUGCCUUCACAUUAGCGAUGUUUUCUCAGCUGGUCCAGCAAGUAAUCCAUCACAUUCAAGAUUCAGUUUUCAACAUAUCAUUUCAGUCUUUACCUUCGCCUACUACCAUUGCCUCCUCUUCACUUGAGCUAAACUUAACUGACUUCUCUGCUAGAGACGGUAAUAUUAAGAUACCUCAUGAUGGAAUAAACAUCAGUCAGCAACCUUCAGAUCAGUCCUGCACUGGUGAAAGUGCAGUGCCUUUGGUAAAUGGAUGUGCAGAUGAGAAUGACAGUCAAGAAGCCAAAGCUGUUAUCAAGAAGAAGAAAUCUAAACUAUUGCAAAGGCUAAGGAAACGCAGGCGUAGGAGGAGAAGGCGACUGAACAGUUCUGAGGAUUCUGAUCUAAGUGAUGGCGAUUACCCAUAUGGUGAUGGCACCUCAAGUUCAGAUGAUGGGGAGUCAGAUAUAAAUGAGAGUAAAGAACCAGGCUUGGAUUUGAGCUCCGAUGAUGAUGAGGAAGAUGAUGAAGAAGAUAAUGAGGAGGGUGAGAUUUCAAAAGAACUGCAUAGAAAUUCUGAUAGCCCCAUAUUCACUGAAAUCACUGUAACCAAUGGCAAAAUGUGUGGCAGUGUUGCCAAAGAUGAAUCAAAUAAAUGCAAUGGCUUGAAAUCUGUGAAGAAAGCUGACAUGUUGAGAGAAACCAUCACCAGUCCACCCACUAAUAUCAAUGGCUUGGGUGAGGAUGAAGGCAGUUGUUCUGAUGGUUUGGUGAUUAGUAGUAACAGUUCAAAUAAUUUGGAAGUUGUAACAGGUAAAGAAAUCAACACUGAAGACAGAAACAUAGAUAAAAGCAGAAUGAAGAAUGGUCAGAUGCUGGAUCCAGCAGAUGUGAUUGAGUUGGUUACUGAAGAGGGGCUGCUGGUCGCAGUCAAAAUAUGUGCUGACUGGCUUCAUGGAGAUAGUGACAUAAUAAAAGCUUGUGGACGUAGCUCAUGCACUCUUCUGUCCAGAUUUAUAGUGCUGUUGAACCUCAUCAAUGUGAAUGCAGAUGCAUUUGAGAAAGGAUCAGGUGUUGGCCAGUUUCUGAAGUUGAAAAAUAUUAAGGAUGUAUUCAGGAGAGUUCCCUUGCCAGAGGAUGUGAUGUUGAAAGGUCUGCCAGUGUUAAAGAAUAGCCAUGAUGCUAUGGAUUGGGAAUACCUGCGCCAUCACUGUCUGAAUACAAAAGAAGAAGCCUUGUUGCGUGUAUACAAACUGGUAGAAUUUGGCCACUUCCUCGCUUCCAUCCCAGAUACAGGAGUGAGUUAUGACUCAAAACAGAAGCUUUUCAGCAUUACCAGUGAAACUGAUGGUGCUCCAGCUGAAAUGUCUGAGGAUAAAAUUAAGGAGACUGUUGCUGCCAAUCAGGUGGCAGAUGUUAAUGAUGCUGGAACCAACGAUCAUUUGGCUUCUGCUUCAAACCCGACCUCAUCCUCUCGCCGAGGCCAGUUGAUGCAUAAUAUGGGUCAGCUGUGGCUCCGUGCUGAAGUACGUGAUUUGGAGUCUCGGGUUCGACAUCGAUGUGCCACCUUUUCCCCUUACCUGGCUGUGGACAGUGAUGCUCUCAUUCAUCACAUGCAUUUAGUGAAGCAGUUGGUUGGAGCUCGGAAAUUCAUCAUCCUUAUUCCAUCAGUUGUUGUUUCAGCACUGGAUGAACUGAAAAGAGAGAUUGGAAGGGCGCGUGAGACCAUCCGUUGGCUUGAAUCGCAGUUCCAGAGAGGUAACCGUUUUCUGCGAGCCCAACGUUCACAUGAGCGACUUCCUAUACCUCUCAUCAAGUACCCCAAGAAGAAAGAUAAAGAGGCGUGGCUGUUUUUCCAAGUGGUAGAAUGCUGCCAUUAUUUUAGCCAGAAGACAGGAUUACAUGAGAAACAUCCGGAGACAGCACUGGUGACACUUCUGACUGGACAGAAGAGUUAUGUAUCUGGAGGUAUCACCAGAGAUGAAGCCACUAAAAGCUUCAGUUCCUUGGGGGUUGCUAAGUCAGCAGGCAUAAACUUGGAGCAUAUAGAAUCAUAUUAUGCCAAAUGGAAGACAUCAAGCAAGAGUCAUGGUUGAAUUGCUUGCUUCGUGUGCCAGGUGGAAAUGCUGGAUCAAGCUGAGAUACAGGCAGGAAAGAAAACCUGUAGGGAUAAGAACAGCUGACGGACAAGGAAUGAGGAAAGAGGAAGGAGUUACAAUUGGAUAUGCAGACAUAAUAAAUACAGGAAGGAUGUUAUGCUGGAAAGAUAAUACUGAAUUCAGUGUAAUCAGAAUAUAAUGUUUUUCGUUGAAUAAUCAAGUUACUUAAGUAUUUUACUUGGCAUUCAGACUUGUGGAAAAUUUCCAACAUACAUUAGACCACUUGAUAAAUUUCAUGGUAAUGUCAUAAAGAAAAACAUUAUGAAUGGAUUGUAAGUUACACAGUCAGGUUCAGCAACUAAGGGGAAAGGGCCCCAACUGAUUUAAAAUAAUUAAGUAUUUCUAGAAUCUUGGUGUUAUACUUUCUUUAAUUAAAAGAAAUAUGUGUAAUAUUUUGUGCCUUUCCUUAUACCUUUGUAUGUCUCCUUCUUAAUGUUUCCUUAUCUUUUGAAACUUGUGCCCAGGAUUGGCAACUCUUGCUUUUACUUCUCAUGUCUGCCAAACAUAUCCAAGGAACAUGACGUCAGUGAUGUUUUCAUAAUUUAGAAUUCAUGACUAUAUGAAAGCAAAGCAAGAAAUGAUCUUGAAGUUUUAUUAUGUAACAAUAGGUGUGGUGUCCAAAAACUGGAUUAUAUUAUGUCUUAAAGAUCAUGUGUUACUGAGAA